AUGGGGUGGUACACGUCGCUCAUCGUGCUCGUCGUCGCCGUCGCCGCGGCGGCCGUUCUCACGCCCGACGCCAUGCUGCCAUACCGCGCCAAACCCAACGCCCCCUUCCUCUCGCCGACAGCGUUGGCAGUGCUGCGCUUCGCCCACGUGCUGUGCUGCUCCGUGGCUCUGGGGGCGUCGGUGUGGGUGACCUUCUUUGCUGGCGUCAUCAUGUUCCGCCACCUGCCCCGCCACACCUUUGGCAGCAUCCAGGGUCGUCUCUUCCCGGCCUACUUCCGCCUUAUGGCCCUCUCCUCUGCCCUCUCUGCCCUUGCUCUCAAACUCACUCUCAACCCCGCCGCUGCUGCUGCCGCUGGUGAAGCUGCUGGUUCCGGGGCAGGGGGGUUGCAGCAGGUGCAGCUGCUGCUGCUGGUGGCUGCUCUUUCUGCCGCACUGCUGAAUCUGCUGCUGUUCGAGCCUAUCACCACCAAGAUCAUGCGCGAGCGGCACCGCGUAGAGAAGGAGGCAGGCAUCGGGCAGGAGGUGGGGCUGUCGCGCAACAGGGAGGUCGCACGGACCAAUAAGGAGCUGGCAGCUGUCAACCGCCGGUUCGGCAUGUGGCACGGCAUGUCCUCUCUCUCCAAUCUCGUUGCGCUCUGCUCCCUGGGCGCUAACGCGUGGUUCCUUGCACAGCAGCUCCCUGUCUAG